AUGAGGAACAAGAAACAGAAGACUAACAGAGUCAAGGUGGGCAGUCAGGAGACCGUCCAAAGCAGGACAGAAGAUCUGGGGGGCGGCCUGGAGACCAUCCAUUUUCAGACCAGGCUUCUGGCAUAUUCCUUAGCAGACCAGAGUUCUGGUGGGUGGCUAGGAGACCUUCCCUUUAAGGGCAGCUGUAGCGUACACCUGGACCCUCCUGGACCCAGACAGAACAGGAGAGAGGAGAUCCCUGUGAAUGCCGUGGAGCCAGGUGUAAAGGCCACUGGAGAGGCCAUGGCCACAGGUGAUCAGGCCACUGGAGAAGCCUUGGAUGCAGGAGAAAGUCCAGUCAGUCUCCAGUUUGACCUCAAUAACCUGUUCCAGCUCGACAAGCUCGUGCUCAACUUCAAGGGUCCCCGUCCCCAAUCAUUGGUGAUAGAGAGGUCUAUGGACAACAGUGGAAUGUGGGAACCUGCUCUCUACUUGGCCACUGACUGUCAAAAAGCCUUUCCUGGUGUCCCAACGACAAUACCGUUAACUCUGGACCAGACGUACUGCCAUACCUUAAGCCAUCACUCUGACCUCUACAAGGAUGAGAGGAUUGAGUUCAGUCCACUGCGUCAGUAUCUGUCUGUCCCAGCUCCCAACAGCCAAAAACUUGAAGAAAAGUCUGGCUUUAUGGGGCUUCGAGUCAGGCUCAUUGAGUUGGGUGAGGUGCCUCAUAUACCAGGGAGGUCUCUGAGCAGAUUUUACGCACUGCAGGAGGUGAGGGUCAUGGGCAGCUGUCUGUGCCACGGACAUGCCAACCGGUGUCUGCCGGAGAAACAUAAUGAUCCACUCUCCAACACCAUCCAGAUGAAUCCUCAGUGUGACUGCAAGCACAACACAGCUGGUGUGAACUGUGAGAACUGUGCUGAGCUCUACAAUGAUCUUCCCUGGAGACCUGCAGAGGAGGGCCACACUCACACUUGCAAACGUAACAUCACCUCCACCUGCUUACAUCAAUCAAAAUAA